UUGGUCUCUAUUCACUGUGCCCCUAACUCACUUUUGCAUCUCUACUUGAGAGCCCACGUGUUGAUACACCGGUGUAGACGCAUCAUUCCGUUUGGGAGGCUCUGUGACAGUUCUGUCCUUUUUCCUGUUUCUCUUGUCACUAUUCUAUUUCUAUUUUUAUUUCCCUUCGAAUUCCCUGUCCAUUCCUGCUUGGUGCGUCCCGUCCUGGUUGGCGUUUUGUUUUGCUCGUUAUACUGUUUUACAUCCGUAGUCGCGUGACGCGUCACUCUUUAUAGCUUGAUUCCAGUCUGUAUUCUGGCGUCGGUUUUCGUUCGGUUCGUUUGUUGGGUUGUCUGUCAAGCCGGGAAGCCGCCUAUUUAUACUUCCAUGGUCUGCUGGCUAUGUCGAAUCUACCAGAAAGGCCAUGGACUGAGGAGGAGAAGUACACUCUGCUUACGGAAAUCCUGAAGAAGGCUCGAGUUCCGUCGCAUCAUCUUGUGAGAAUCAUAAGGGAUUUUAAUAUUAUCCCAGGCUGGGCGGAUAUACCCCUUCCUCAAGGCCGCUCCCUCAACUCCUGCCAGCAGGCAUUCUAUAACAUGUGUCAACAUGUCCAGAUCUCGGUCACUCAAAGCCUUGGCUCGAUUCCUCCGCCACCCCAUGAGCCCUCUAUCCCGGCAACGGUCCCGGAAAGCAGUGGCGUUCUGCGCAAGAGGCCUUUGUUUCCCUCAGACAAGGUCAUCCGUGCCCCACGCGCAAUCCAACCACGUCCCGCGACCAGCACCGCCUCCUACAGUAGCGAGAGUGGUGCUUCGGCCCUUUUAUCCCCAAGCUCGGAGAGCGUUAAUGCCAGAGGCGAGCCCCCACGGAAGCGAGGACGACCUAGCAAGGCUGAAUCGGAACGGCGCAAAGCAGCUGCUGAGGCCCGAGGAGAAACAUAUCCGCCCCCGCGACGAUCUGGCUCUAACAAGGUGAAAGGGUCAUCUACUCCUACUAGCCCCUCUGGAAUUGGAACGGGGGGGCCAUCAUUCCCCCCCCAGGUCAGCAGCAGUCGGCCGCCAAACUUAUCGCGGCAUGAGAUGCACUAUGCUCUUCCACCGGGGAGACCAGUGGCACUGAUGGGACCGAGUAGCGACGAGCGACCAAGGGAUUUGCCAAACCAAGACAUGAGCCCUACAAUGAGAGAGCUACCACGCCCACCCGAGAUAAGACAGACGCUGCCUUCCCCCCAGGCCCUACAGUUGGGUCAUAGAGAAACGGCACUCACACGAAGAGAACCCGGACCGUCCUUCGAGUCUCUUCCACCAGAGAGGAACCCGUUCUUGCAAAGCAACCGAAGGAUUCUUAUGCACCCCACCAGCAGAUUCCCAGACGAACCGCCCACCUCAGCCCCGGAUUUACCUAUGACCAGACCGCCUGAGACCAGACCAGAAUGACGCCAGGAACUAAAAGCAUACCUGAUUCUACAAGUCUUAUUGGCACGAUGAAUGAACGACAACCUUGAUCAUGAACGAUAGAUAGCAUUGACCCGGAAGCCUCCUCCAGGGAGUAACUCGAAAUGAGUUGUAACGAAAACA